AUUUGACCGAUCUUUGCGAGGCGGCAGCGCGGCGCUGUCAAUGAAGGUCCAAGAUGACCCUUUGACCACCACGAAGCGACAUAAGCAGCAGUGGAAUGCAUCAACCAAACUGACCCACGCGAAGAAGCCCAAGUCACCAUCAUCAUUGCGAAAGGAGGAGCCACCCGUUGAAAGCGACAUGCCAACUGUGACUGAAGCCGCGCGAUCGCUCGUGGAAAAGGCGGUGGAGUGUGCGGUGCGGCAAGAUGCCGUCGAUCGCACGGAAACUACAGACAUCUUCAACCACCAACAGACAAUGCAUGCGAGGACUACGGAAUGGGCUGUGAUGCAAGAAGACUUGUCUCGACAACUGAAACAGGACCAAUUGGCAACCGACCAACGGGAUAAUGACGAGAGGUAUGCCAUCCUCGACGUCGACCUCCACCUGGAACGUGUCCGCCUUGAAAAGAGUCGACGGAAGGCAGCUAUCCAAGCCUUUCAGCGGCACUUGGAGCGGCAGAUCCAGCAAUUGACAGCCAUGGCGGAGGCUGUAAAUCAACGCGAAGUAGUCAUGGACGCGGCAUUCAACCAAUAUGAGACCUGGGUCCAAUCCCACCACACUCGCACCACAACAUAGAAUCUUGCCCCUUUUUAGCAAAUGAAUAGCCUUUAUCGAUGGAACCCCUCGGUGCUAA